CAGCAGCAGCCGGCUAAGGGGUCGCCUAAUGACUUCCUCAAGAACGUCAUCGGCAAGCGAGUCUCCGUCCGCCUCAACUCAGGCAUCGAUUACCGCGGGACCCUCUCGUGCUUGGACGGCUACAUGAACAUUGCGAUGGAGGAGACGUCGGAGUGGGUUGGUGGGGUCGAGAAGAACAGGUUCGGUGAUGCCUUCAUCAGGGGUAACAAU